AUGGAAUAAAUUCAAUAAUUUUUAGCAAGCUAGAAAUGUCAGAGACAUCAAAAACAAUUGAGCAAAAUAAUUUGUGAAAAUUCAGAAAAAAUAACAUUAUAAUCAUGCAUUCUAUGUGUUGAUUGUGAAAAAGAAGUUCCUAAUUCGUUAACAAUUGGUUUACCUGAGUUUAUAAGAGUGUGUAACAGAAAUAACUAAAAUUUCGUACCUAUUGAAGUUUGUUUCAGAAGAUUUGAUAAUAUUUUGUAAUUAUUGAAUGAACUCUAAUAUAAGUUUAUAAAUUAGAUAUAAGGAGUUAAAAAAUGUAUAGAAUAAGAAAAAAUUGCCUUAUAUUAAAUGACUUUAGAAAAUCAAAUUAAACAAAUCAUAAGGGAUGAAAACCCUUAAAGCUAAAUCAUUAGUAAUGAAAUUAAUAAAAUAAAUAUAAAUUUUACAACGAAAAUUAUUUAGAAAUUAGACAGUUUAUAGAAUUUGGAAGAAUAAAAAAAAUGCAUAUAAGAAAUUGAAAAAUUGAGAAGAGAUUUUGAUUUAUAAUAACAAAAUCCAUAAUAAUAAUAAUAAGAAUUGCAAUAAUAAAGUUAAGGUUUUAUACACUUAUAUAAUAGUAAUUAGUAAUCAGAAACAUGCUAUUCAAUUUCAUUUAAUCAUAGUAAUUCACUUAUGAUUUCUGGAUGUGAUAAUUCUAUUAAAUUGUGGGAAUUUAAAGCAGGAUAAUUAAAUCUGAUCAAAAAUUUAGAAGAACAUCAAGAAGUUGUCACUAAUUUGUUAUUCAGUAGCAUUUCAAAUAAUUUUGUUUCUGGUUCAAUAGAUGGUCAUUUGAUAUGUUGGUCUUAUCUUUAGCAAAGCUAAAUAAAAAAGUCAUAAACUUAUAAAUCCCACAAAAAAGGAAUAAGCUGCAUGAUUUUGAAUAAGAAAGAAAAUUUAUUAUUUACAAGUGAUAUGGAUAAAUAUAUCAUCAUUUGGGAUGCAGAUUUGAGUAGCAAUUUAUUAUCUAUUCAUCAAGUAUUAGAUAAUCAUACUAAGUAAGUGAAUGGACUCAGUCUAAAUGAAUCUGAAAAUAUUUUGGUUUCUUGUGGUUUAGAUAAAUAAAUUAUAGUAUGGUAAAAAGUAUCAGAUUAAUGGAUAUUUAAAAAAAAUGUUAAUUAAUAAAGUUAUGAUUUAGGAACCAGAAUUAAAUUUAUCAAUAAUGAUCGAUUUUUAUGGGUUUCAGGAUCUAUGAAUGGAUAAGAUUAUUUAUUCGAUUAUUAAUUUAAUAUUUAGAAUGAUUAUAUCCAGAAAAGGAAUAAGUCACUCUUAUAAGAAAAAGAUUCAAAGGAUAGCCUUUUCUUCCCUAUUUUCUUUAAUAAAGAAAAAAAUAUUGUUAUAGUAAAACACAAACUUUAUAUUUAUCUUUAUAAAAAAGAUGAUCAAGGGUUAUUGAAUUCACUGCAUUUAAAGAAACUAAUUACUAAUGACACAUUUGGGGCAAUAACAAGUGAUGGCUAAUUUUUAGUUUCUUGGGAUUAAUCAAACUAAAGAUACGAAGUUUGUAAAAUCAUAAUUUGA